ACAGGGAGCAAGGAGGUAGAAGGUUUAGACAGCUCAGACAACCAGAGUGCAGUAAGCACCAUCCCCUUUUUUUCCAAGAGAGCUGCUGGACCCAGAGGCGAUUGCAGGAGGCCACAGCUUCAGCACCUUUGCAGGAAGCACAAAAAAGAGAAAAUGGCACGUGCUGGACGACCAUCGCUUUCCCUGAUCCACGCAGGAUUCCUGUUAGUAAUUGUUUUAUUACCAGACUUUCUGGGGGCCGUUCCAGUGGAGCAGCACAAACAGGAGGAAGCGGCCGCUCUGUCUGAUGAUGUGAAAGCUGAGGCAAUAGCCAACCUAAAAACGCUUGUUCGUAACAGAAGGAACGUCCCUGUUGUGGCUGUGCCCCAGUUCAAACGUCUGCCUGACUUCUGGGGAUGGUACAAAUACUUCAUGGAUAGCCACAACCAGGAGGGAGUUGAGGACCUGGAUCGUCUGUAUGUGGCCUACCUGCAGAACAAGCACAGGUCAGAGGAGGGACCUACCUUCAAUCAUUACCUCAACCACCUCAGUGAAAUCUACAAGACCUGUGCAGAGUCCGAUGAUCCAGAGUGCAUCGCCGAGUUAACUAGCAAACCAAAGGCGGCCAUGGUGAUGCCUGCCCCCAUCAAGUCUGCUGCUGUCAGGCUGUGCAACCCUUAUAUUGACCCCCACUGCACGUUCUCUCUUGCCACCAAGUCGGCUGCCCCUGAGCCAGAACCAGCUCCAGCAAAAGUGCCAGCUCCUGUCCUCGCGCCAGUGCCAAUGAAGAGUCCCGCAGGUCUCUACUACUAUGCUCCUGUCUUGGAGCCUUUCCUGAGUGGUGAGCAGAGGGCAGAGCUACUCAGAGUCUGCCAACCCGAAGAUGUAGAGUGUCUGCAGUACCACCUGAGGGCAGCUUAUGGGUAUCGUCCAGCCCAUGGUCCAGCUCCAUCUUAUGCCGCCCUCAAUUGCGACCCAAAGGAUCCCUACUGUACGCCACUCCUAGUCCAGAAGGCUCCCACUGGCUUCUACCACUUGAUGUACCCUUCUGUUCCCCUGGCUGCUGCGGCUCCUAAAGAACAACACUGCAACCCUCUCUUUGACAAAGGCUGUAACCCCCUGACUGCUACCAAGCUGUCCAGCCUUACCAAGCCUGUCGUGGAGUACGCCCCCUUGAAUGAGCCUGCGCCUCCUGCUGCUCCUCUGUCCUGCGACCCUCGCUAUGACCCAUACUGCAUACUGGCAGCUGCUGCUGCUCUGCGCAAGCCUCCUCCACAGCUCCCCGAACACCAGGUUCGCUACAAGCUUGGUGUCCGUGGCAAGACCAAGGAGGGCUACGACUGCUAUGUGCACUAUGACAAAGACUGCAUCCCACUCAAGUCUGUUUCUGAGGCCAAGGCCGACAUCAUGGGUCCAGCCAAGCCCUUCUGCCAUCCAUACGACCCCAGCUGUAACAAGUUUGCUUCACCCUCUAGUUCCAAGGCCAUGAAGUCCAGAGAGGACAGCAUAAUCCUGCCAGAUCCAGACUGUGAUCCUGAAUACGACUACAACUUCCGCCUACGUCGUGCUAAGCCCGCUGCUGCUGCUGCUGCAGAUGAGUCUGCCAAGGAGGCUGCUGCUCCACAGUCUGCUGUCCCACGCUUCGAAGAUUUCCUCAGGGGCAUCAUGAGCCAGUACCAAUAGAUUUUAAAAUAAAUGAAUUUCAGAACCAACACCUGCCAUGCAACGCAGCUCACUCUACCAUCUCUAAUUUUUAUGGACCAUAACCUUCAACAGAUGUACCAAGGCCUAAACAAAGCUUUAAAUCAAUCAUAAAUGCAGCCUUUAGAUAGUAAAUGUCAUUCUCCCAAACAAGCUGAAGGUUUUCUAGUUUUGGUCUGUUUUUAUAAAGGAGGAACAAUAAAAGAGUGCCAUGUAUGGUUGUAGAAAAGAGUCAUGUAUUGCUGUGUAAUAGAAUAAGAUUAGUUUGAAUUUAAAUUAGUAGGCAAGACUUUCUCUCUGUUGUACAUUCUUUU